AUGAUAUUUAACACAAACAACUUAGUUACUGCUUAUUUACGUUCAAAUAAUCAGUCAAAUUCGAUUAAACGUCAACAAUAUUCUACUCGACAGUCAAAAGUAUUAACAAUGAAAACUUUAAAUUUAUUAUAUACAGAAUUAAAUGAAUCAUCAAUAAAGAAUAAUCAUCAAAUUAAAAUAAAGCGAGACCUUGAUCAACAAUCACCAAUUUUAAUUCGUCGUCUUUGUCCUAAGUUAGAAAAUCUAUCUUCUCAUCAACAACCUUUCGAUAUUAACGAUGCUUUUGGAAAUAAAUUACAACCAACUCUUUCACCUCAUUCAACAUUUCGAGGAUUUUCAUUACAUCAAAAACCAUUAAAUUAUUCAAAAACUAUUGGUGAAGGUACAAUCAAACAUAAUGUAUACAAUGCAAAACUGUCACAUCCUCUUCAAAUACCAAUAUGGACGCCAAUAUUACCAGAAAAGGAAGAGACUCAUACUAGAAUAUUACAUUCAAAAGCUUAUUCAUUAAAACAUUCUAAUAAUCGUGAUCAUCAAUUUAAAAAAAUAAAAACUAAUUUAGAUGAAAAACAAAAUUUUAUUCCAGAGUUAUAUAUCACGUCAAGAUCGACAAAUAAUCGUUUAAAAAUAAUUAAAAAAACAAAUAUUAAAGAUUCAUUUGAUGAAUGGGAAGAUUCUGACUCAAGCAUUCCUUCUCUAACGGAUGAUGAAGAAUCAGUCAUUACACAUUGUGAUAGUCCGUUGUUCAUGCAAAAUCCUCAAAUCAAUAUUGAAAAAUCUGAUUAUUUUGUAUGUUCAACUUUAGUAUCAGACCCACAUUUAUUGUUCUCUAGUUCAUCUAAUGAUAAUUCUGAAUUGAAACCAGCAAAAAUAACGAAUUUACGACAACAUGCAUAUGGUACUCCUCUACCGCCAGUUGUUGAACAUGCUAACGAUGAAGAAACAUAUGAUAAUAUUUGUUAA